AGUUCGUCCUGUCCAAGUACGGCUAUCUGCGUUGUCACGUAACCAGAAGACGGCGGGAAGCAACUCAUCCCCGUCACCGGGCCAUGACGUCACACUUCAGCAGCUUCCUGUCCAGCCUGGCGAUGGUGGAGGAGGGCGGGGAGGAGACCUGCGACGAGUCUGAGGUCCAGAAGGCUAUCCGGAACUACCAGAGGACGUACAAUUUGCCGGAGACAGGCGAGCUAGACGAGGAGACCAAGUCGUUCAUGAGCACCUCCCGGUGCGGUAACAAGGACAGCGAGAAGGAUAAGAGCGCGCCUCUGGGAGACGAGGAGGCCCUGAAUGUCCUGGUGACGGACAGCCAGACGGCAGCUCGCGCGCACCAUCACAACAACCAGCACUCACCCGUCAUGGACGACGGGGAGGACAAUUUUUCCUCCACCUCCAACGGCCAUCGCUUGUGGAGGCGGUCCGCCCGCCGCGGGGCCACCAGCCAACUGUACAAACUUCUGGCCGGGGACAAACCCACCAGCCGCCCACAGAGCGCUCACAGAAGACAUUUACAGGAGUACGUGCAGAGACUGAAGCGUGACGUCACAGGUAAGAGAAGACUGUUGCAUAAAUACACGGCCCGCGAGCGGAAAAAGCGAUCUGUUCAUGUAUGGACUCCCAAUUCCCUCCCCUUGGGGAAGUAUAUCGGCGAGAACGGAGAGCUUUUCAACAAGGACGUUGUCCGUUGGCGUCUGCUCACCACUGGUUUUAGCACGCGCAUCCCUGUGGAGGACCAGAGGGCGACCAUUGACCUGGCCUUCCGCAUGUGGAGUGAGGUGAUCCCGCUCAAGUUCGUGGAGGACACGAGCAGUGAUAUACACAGCGUGGACAUUGAGAUCGCUUUUGGGAAAGGCUCCCACCAGAACUGCGAGCAUGACUUCGAUGGCAAUGGGGGCGAAAUCGCUCACUCGUGGAACGCUGGCAACAUGCACUUUGACGACGAGGAAAACUUUAAGUCUAUCCGCUCUUACAGACAAACAGGGGUGUGCAAAGGCUCGUUCAACACGGCGUUCGACUGGGUGCGGCGUAGACCGGACAACCAGUUCAUCUACAACACCUACUUCUUCCGAAACAACCACUACUGGAUGUACGAGAACCACGCCAACCGCACGCGCUACGGAGACCCGCUGUACAUCGCGCGUGAGUGGGACGGGGUGCCUGAUGGCCUUGACGGAUACGUGCACGUGUGGCUCUUCAAUGGUGCCGAUGUUAUGGACGAUGCUUACUUCUUCAAAGG